AUGGAAUCAAUAGUUUAGUCUUUCAAGACCUCAAAAAAAGCUUGCUUUGUUGAAAAUAAAAACAUAUGUGAGGGAGAAAUUUUAGAAGAUGAAGAGUAUGUUUUGAAGUUUGAUUUGACAGAAGACAAAAAUUACAUCUUUUGUGCACUAUCUAAUUUUGAAAUAGGCUACUUCACUCUCGCUUAAGACGGAUAUGUCAAAUUCGGAGGGAUGAUGGGUGAGAAUAAGCACACAAAAAGAAUAAAUGAUAUAUUCAUCAACGAGAAUGUUCUAUACACAUGUUCAAAUGACAAAUAAUGUCGUUUGUAUGAUUUAAAGGCUAAUAAGUUAAUUAAAGCAUUUAAUCUUAAUCAUGAAAUCUACUCAAUUUCUAAAUCAAAGCACAUUUUAGCUGGUGCCAACGAAUCUGGAAUUGUAUUCUGGGAUCUUAGAACUAUGAAGCAAAGAAAUUAAUUCAAUGAAACUCAUAAUGAGGAAGUUACAUGUGUCAAAUUCAAUGAAAAUAUUCCAACCUAGUUUGUAAGUAGCAGCUUAGAUGGAAUCCUUUGCUUAUUUGAUCUUUCUCAAUAAAACGAAGAAGAAGCCUGCUAGUCAAUCAUCAGAACCGAUUAACCCGUAGAUAGAUGCGGUUAUAUCAAUAAUGAAAUAGUUUAUGGAAUAACCACUGUUGAUUCUGUCUUCAUUAUGAAUAGCUAAACUGAAACAAUUAUGCAAAACAUCAAUGCAAUCGAAUACAAUGAAUUCAACAAAGAUUAUCUUAUUGAUGCUUACAAUGAUACCAAUAUUAAUGAAUUUAAAAUUUUAGUAGGAAAGCAAAAAGGAUAUGUCGAAGAGAGAAUAAUUAGAAAGGUUGAUGAUUAGAUCUAACAAUAAGUCUGCAGGGUCAUAAAAACUGAACACACAAAAUAAAUUAGAUAAAUCAAGAAAAUAGAUGACAAUGUUUAUAUUACUGUUGGCGAAGAAGGAAGUCUUCAAGUGAUAACAAAAACUGAUGAAGAUUUAUUAAAUUAAAUGAAGAUAGAUAUUUUAAAUAAUGGCUAAGAAUUUAAUUCUAAGAUGGAUGAAGAAGCUCAUCAAAUGUUUAUGGAUGAUGAAAACAAUGAAUCAAAUGAUUAAAGCAAAAAAAAGGGCAGAGCAAAUAUGAAAAAUAACUUUAGGCCAUUUUGA